AUGUUACUCACUUAUUCCAUCUUCACCUUGCUCUCGGUCUUCAUUAAUCUCACGAGCGUCUAUGCCACUCCCUUCGACAAAGGAGAUAUAACGAAGCACGUGCCCUUGCAUAAGCGAGAGACCGAAAAGCUCCAAGCAAGACUGGUAUGCUACCACAAACAAGCAUACCAUGUAGCUAUCGUGAUCGACCGCGACGAAUAUGGGGUAUCCUAUCGCUACCACGCGACCCAGAAAGGCCAAACCCGAACGUUCAAGCUUGACCGUGACCGACGCGAGGGGGGCAGUUAUGUCGAUUCUUUGAUCCCGAAGCUUUCCGCCAAUAUUCCCAUCAACGGCUACGUCGACACCUUUGAAGAAGUCGAUGAGCUUAUCAACGACACGGAUCUGCUACCCUCGAACGGGUACGACUGCUGGCAAUACCUCAAGAAUGCGCUUAAUGCGAUGAGACAGCGGAUGGCUGACGCAGUCCGAGAUGGACUCUGCCUAUAA